AUGGUAAAACUAAAUAGUUUAAUAAUAUUUUCAAUAUGUUUGUUAUUAUUUUCAAGUAAUAAUUUAUUAAAAGUAUUUGGUGAAGAAAGCUCACCAUUAAAUUCAACAUCUACUGAUAAUUCAACAGUUUUGGCCGCACAAGAUUUGGAAUGUAAUAAUGUAAGAUGUUUAAUUCCAGUUUGUAAACCAGGUUAUGAUUUAAUUAGACCACCAAAUUCAUGUUGUCCAGUAUGUACAAUUUGUCCAGCACCAUCUGAUUGUCCAUUCAUUAGAUGUGAAGGUGAUAAAAUUCCAUUUAAAGCUGAUGAUAAAUGUUGUCCAGAAUGUGUUUGUAGACCAAAUAAUGUUUGUCCUUUAUUAGGUUGUGCACCAGGUUAUAAAGAAUAUACAGCACCAGGUGAUUGUUGUCCCAGUAGAUGUAUUUGUGAUCCAAGUAGACCAUGCCUUCCAUAUUUUUGUCCAGACGGUCAAGUACCAUAUACAAAACCAGGUGAAUGUUGUCCAAGUUCAUGUAAAUGUGAUCCAAGUAGACCAUGUCCUCCAUAUUUCUGUCCAAUAGGUCAAGUACCAUAUACAGGACCAGGUGAUUGUUGUCCAAGUUCAUGUAAAUGUGAUUCAAGUAGACCAUGUCCUCCAUAUUUCUGUCCAGAAGGUCAAACUCCAUAUACUAAACCAGGUGAUUGUUGUCCAAGUUCAUGUCAAUGUAAUCCAAAUAGACCAUGUCCUCCAUAUUUCUGUCCAAUAGGUCAAGUACCAUAUACAAGACCAGGUGAUUGUUGUCCAAGUUCAUGUCAAUGUGAUUCAAGUACACCAUGUCUCCCAUACAUUUGUCCAGAUGGUAAAUUACCAUAUACUAAACCAGGUGAUUGUUGCCCAAGUUCAUGUCAAUGUAAUCCAAAUAGACCAUGUCCUCCAUAUUUCUGUCCAAUUGGUAAAUUACCAUAUACAGCACCAGGUGAUUGUUGCCCAAGUUCAUGUAAAUGUGAUCCACAAUAUCAUUGUCCACCAUUAAAUUGUCCAGAUGGAUUUGUUCCACUUUUAAAUGAAACUGAUUGUUGUCCAAAUACUUGCGUUCCAAAUUGUAAAUUGGUUUAUUGUCCACCAAUUUUCUGUCAACCAGGAUAUUCACCAUUCACUGAAAUUGGUGAAUGUUGUCCAAGAAAAUGUAAAAAAGAUUGUUCAAAUAUUUUCUGUCCAUUAAUAUUUUGUGCAAAUGGUUAUGAACUUUAUCAGCCAGAUGAUCAAUGUUGUAAACAAUGUAGACCAACUUGUAAUCAUUCAAAUUGUUUUAAACUUAAUUGUUUCCCAGGUGAAGAAAUUUAUCAAGAUCCAGAUUUAUGUUGUCCAUCUUGUAGAUCAAUUUUAAAUUAA